AUGGCGACGACGGUCGUUCCUUCGAAGUCCAACUUUUCCGGGGUCGCUCCAGCGUCCGAAGAAGUCAGCAGCCUUCUGAAAACUAUUGUCGACACCAAUGUCGCCCAGACUUCCCUCGAUGCUGCAUAUGCCCUCACAAACCUCCUUAUCCAAUCGGUGGGUAUUCGAGGUCUUGUCUCUUACAACCUCAUACCAGAGAUAAAAAAGGCCGCCGCAGACAAGAAGAAUGGCGCCAAACGGGAAAGCGCCAUGUUCAUCCUCGGGGCAAUGUUUGAGCGAUUCCCCCGUGAGCAGCCGCUGAGUGAAGUGGUCUUCCUGAUCCAAGACGGUGGCCUCUUCAAUUUGGUCCUCGAUGGGUUGGCCGACAAGGGUUCUUCAGUUCGUGAGUCGGCACAAUACGCCGUCGACGAACUGUUCAAGAAUCUCGCACCCGAGGCCAUGGUCAUAGGCCUCCUCCCGGCUUUACAGGCCUAUCUGUCCAAACCAACUGGAAAAUGGCAAGGCACUGUGGGUGCUUACACUCUCUUGGGAAAGAUGGCCGACAAGGCCCAGAUGGGAACAGGCACGAAAGAGGAGGAACAAGCUAAGGAUGUAUUGCGGGAUUCUAUGGGUAAAACACUCAAGGAGCUUAUCCCAGUUGUGGAGGGUGGUAUGCACGACCUCAAAGCUGAAGUCGCCAAAGCCGCCACCAAGACCAUGACCUCGCUCACGACUUUGCUCCAAAACGACGAUGUAGCCCCUCGGAUACCCCUGCUCAUCGACACCAUGAAAAACCCGUCCGCCCAGACUCUCCAGAAAGCGAUUCACGCCCUUUCUCAAACUACCUUUGUCGCCAUCGUCACCUCUCCUGUUCUCGCUCUUCUUACCCCGUUGCUGGAACGAUCACUCAACACGCCGACGACAUCUCAAGAAGUUCUCCGCCAGACAGUGGUUGUCGUGGAGAACUUGACCAAGCUCGUGCACGAUCCCGUCGAGGCUAGAACCUUCCUGCCCAAAUUACAGCCUGGCGUGCAAAGGGUGAAAGACAAUGCGUCACUCCCCGAAGUCCGAGAACUCGCCACCAGAGCCGUCAAUGUGAUGAAGAAAGCUAUGGGCGACGAUAAAGAUGGGGUGACCAAUGGCCAAAUUGCGAGAACAACCACUGAUGACGUUCUCAAAGUCCUAGACAGCUCAAUUCGCGCCCAAGGCGGUCUCAACAAGGAGGACAUGUCGGUCUGGAAGACCGGCCAGACUUAUGUCUCGGAAAUGGUUAGAGAAGACGUCAAUUCUCGAGUCUUCUCACGUAUUCCCUCCCGGGUUGGACCGUAUCUGAAGUACAUGCUACCAGACGAGCUCUGUACAGCUGUUGCUGAGGCUGUGCAGAAGCACUUUGUGGAUGAGGAUCACAAAAGAUUUGGGGCUCCAGUUGUUGAGGACCCGAACGAGGUCGAGAUUGUCAAUGCCGAAUUCUCGCUUGCUUAUGGCGGUAUGCUACUACUCUCGCACACUAACCUACGACUUCUGAAGGGACAUCGCUACGGUCUGUGUGGCCGUAACGGCGCAGGGAAAUCGACUCUAAUGCGGAGUAUUGCUGAAGGGAAAUUGGAAGGUUUUCCACCCAAGGAAGUCCUGAAGACGUGUUUUGUGGAGCACAAUCAGGGCGAGGAUGCUGAUAUCAGCAUUCUUGAAUUUGUGUCCAAAGAUCCCGAAAUAGCCAAAGAAGGCAAAGCGCGAAUCUCAGAAGUCUUGAGCGAAGUUGGCUUUACAGCCGGGCCCGAAGGUCGACAGUCCCACAAGGUGGGUUCGUUGUCCGGAGGCUGGAAGAUGAAGCUGGCUUUGGCAAGGGCUAUGUUGAUGAGGGCUGAUGUUCUCCUGCUCGACGAACCGACCAACCACCUGGAUGUGGCGAAUGUCAAGUGGCUCGAGGAGUAUCUCCAGAAGCACACGGAAAUCACUUCGUUGAUCGUGUCCCACGACUCUGGCUUCCUCGACGCAGUAUGCACGGACAUUUAUCACUAUGAGAACAAGAAGUUGGUCCAUUAUCCUGGAAAUCUCGCGGCAUUCGUCAAAGUCAAGCCCGAGGGUAAGAGCUAUUACACACUAUCAGCCACGCAAGUGCAAUUCAAGUUCCCUCCUCCUGGCAUCCUCAGCGGCGUCAAGUCUAACACACGGUCUAUCAUCCGCAUGACGAAUGUCAGCUAUACCUAUCCCGGUGCAUCUAAGCCUAGCUUGACCGACGUUUCAUGUCAACUAAGUCUAUCAUCCCGAGUCGCCAUCAUCGGUGCCAACGGUGCAGGCAAAUCCACCCUGAUCAAGUUGUUGACUGGCGAAACCAUUCCUCAAACGGGCAAGGUGGAAAAGCAUCCCAAUCUGCGAAUUGGAUACAUCAAGCAGCAUGCUUUGGAGCACGUCGAGAUGCAUUUGGAGAAAACACCAAACCAGUAUCUACAGUGGAGAUAUGCCAACGGAGAUGAUCGAGAAGUCUUGAUGAAAGCUACGCGGCAGCUCACUGCUGAGGAUAAGGCACAGAUGGAUAAAUGGAUCGACCUCGGAGAUGGGAAGGGUUCCAGACAGAUCGAGAACCUGAUCGGCCGGCAAAAGUACAAGAAGACGUUCCAGUACGAGGUUAAAUGGCGAAACAUGCUUCCAAAGUUCAACUCGCAGGUCUCAAGAGAGACCCUGUUAGAGUGGGGCUUCCAGAAGUUGGUCCAAGAGUUUGAUGACCACGAGGCAUCACGUGAAGGUCUAGGUUAUCGCAUUCUCGAACCCAAGGUGAUAUCAAAGCACUUUGAGGACGUUGGACUAGAUCCUGAAAUCGCCAACCACAACGAGAUCUCGGGUUUGAGUGGUGGCCAGAAAGUGAAAGUCGUGCUAGCAGGUGCCAUGUGGAACAACCCUCACCUGUUGGUCCUCGACGAACCGACCAAUUUCUUGGAUCGAGAUUCACUAGGUGGUCUGGCUGUGGCUAUCCGCGACUACAAGGGUGGCGUUGUCAUGAUCAGUCAUAACGAAGAAUUUGUUGGAGCGUUGUGUCCGGAACAGUGGCAUGUGGCCAACGGAAAAGUGACGCACAAAGGUCACCUUGCUAUCGACCUGAACCGGUUUGAAGACUCACGCCCGGGGUCCAGUAAUGUCAGCUCCGCGGUAUCCAGCGCUACUGCUUCCGCCGUCAACUCGGGCGUCGAAGACAACAGCGAUAUGAAGUUCAAGGCGAAGAAGAAAAAGAAGAUGACGAGGGCGCAGUUGAAGGAAAGGGAAGUGAGAAGAAGACUGAGACAUAUCGAAUGGCUCAAUAAACCUCCUGGGACACCUCACCCCCCUGAUUCAGACGACGAAUAA